CAGCAGAAAAACCAGGGGACGAGGGGAGACAGAGUGUGUAAAGGAAAGCCUCAUAGGUGAGAGGAAGCUGUCCAAAGCCAGCUGGCCUGGCUUUGAGAAAAGCAAGAGGAAAAGUGAGAGGAAAAAUCAGGAAGAAAAGAAAGUUAUGAAAAGAGAAGCAAAAGAAAGUAUUACUGUUAUAGAAAGUUUCUGGGUGUUAGAAGGAAGUGUGGCUUAGCUGAAGUGAAGACAAACCCAUGUGGAGAAGGCCUUUACAGCAGGUUCUGUGAAGGCAACUGCAGCAGCACAGUAGAUACAGGAAAUUUUCUUUCCAAAGGAGGAGGAACCAGCAGGAAGCGAAGUGCUGCACAGGAAGGAAGAGUGCAAGAUUUGAGCUGGACUUUGUGGCCUGAACGAAGUUUGCCUGCGCCUUGAUCAUCGGAUAGCGGUGCAAGUGCUUCAAGAGAAAGAGAAGGAGAGACAGAAAGAGAGGAAGAUUGAGAGAGGAAGAGAGAGUGUACAAUGUGCUAGUGGAGCAGAGGAAGACAAGAGCGGGUGUUUUUCUGAUAUUCUCUGGGUGCCAGAGAGACUGACUAGGACGCAAAGAUGGGACGGAAGAAGAUCCAGAUCACCCGGAUUAUGGAUGAGAGGAACCGCCAGGUCACCUUCACCAAGAGGAAGUUUGGCUUGAUGAAGAAGGCCUAUGAGCUCAGUGUCCUGUGUGACUGCGAAAUCGCCCUGAUCAUCUUCAACAGCUCCAACAAGCUCUUUCAGUAUGCCAGCACUGACAUGGACAAAGUCCUGCUCAAAUAUACAGAGUACAACGAGCCUCAUGAGAGCAGGACAAACUCUGACAUUGUGGAGAAAUUAAGAACCAAAGGCCAUAGUGACUGUGCCAGUCCUGAUCCCGAUGACUGUUUUGGCCAUAGUCCCCUCAUGGAUGACCGUUUGGGCAAACUAAAUGAAGAGAGUGAUUUAAUAUACAAGCGCUCUGGUGCCUUAAACAAGAAAGAACACAGAGGCUGCGAUAGCCCGGACCCUGAUGCCUCAUAUGUCCUCACACCCCACACAGAAGAAAAAUAUAAAAAAAUAAAUGAAGAGUUUGAUAAUAUGAUGCGAAAUCAUAAAAUCCCCACAGGUUUGCCGCAGCAGAAUUUCUCCAUGCAUGUGGCCGUGCCGGUGACAAACCCAAACUCCAUGGGCUACAACCCCGGGGGCAUUCUGAGUAGCCAGGGCCUGCAAGCUGCUGCUACAGCCUCACUAAGUGAAGCCACCAUGCUGUCCCCUCCGCAGACCUCUCUUCAAAGAAACGUGGUGCCUGCUGGCGCCCCACACAGGCCGCCAAGCACGGGCAGCGCAGGAAACGGCUUCGUGAACCCCAGGGGCUCGCCGGGACUUCUGGGUACCAGCAGUGGGAAUGGACUGGGAAAAGUUAUGCCCACAAAAUCACCUCCUCCACCAGGGGGAAACAUGGUAAUGGGGAACCGAAAGCCAGACCUGAGAGUGGUCAUACCACCAUCCAGUAAGGGGAUGAUGCCUCCACUGUCAGAGGAGGAGGAGAUGGAGUUGAACACUCAUCGGAUAAGCAGCUCCCAGGCAACCCAGCCCCUUGCCACACCUGUGGUAUCUGUCACCACACCGAGUCUACCACCGCAGGGCCUGGUCUACUCCGGCAUGCCAACCGCCUACAACACCGAAUAUUCCCUGAGCAGCGCUGAUCUCUCCUCGCUGCAAGGCUUCGGUUCUCCAGGGCUCUCUCUGGGCUCCAUGUCGGCAUGGCAACAGCACCAACUGGGCCAAGCAGCUCUCAGCUCACUGGUGGGUGGUGGUCAUUUAUCUCAGGGCUCCAACCAGUCCAUUAACAACAGCCCGAACCUAACCAUCAAAUCAGAGCCCAUUUCACCUCCACGUGAGCGCGUCACUCCGUCCGGAUUCCCGCAGCAGCACCCUCCCUCCUCCAGCCGUCCUGACAUGGGCCGCUCACCAGUGGACAGCCUGAGCUCCUCCUGCUCAUCGUAUGAUGGCAGUGACCGCGAGGACCCACGUGCUGAUUUUCACUCACCGCCUCUUGGCCUGAGCCGAGCCCUCGCACCCGGAGCAGACGAGCGCCACAGCCCCUCUGUCAAACGAAUGCGUAUGGACUGGGUAACAUAAAUGACCAGGGAGGGCCGAGUAGGGGGAGAAAGAGAGAGUGAGUGAGUGACAGGCCAGAUGUAGGGAGGGUCAUAAUUGCUAUUAUUAUUAUUAUUAUUAUUAUUAUUAUUAUUAUUAUUAUUAUUAUUAUUAGUGUUAUUAUUAUUUAACUUUAUUUUGAUUUGGGAAGGCUGUGGGCAUGGCAAAGAAAAUUCAAGAUAUCUCAACGUAUUGAAAUUGAAGUUGAGUAAACUGUUAUUAUUGGAUUAUUUUAAUUUGACUUGUUUUGGAAGGAGGUGGGCACACAGAAGGAAAUUUCAGCUGUCCUGACAUAUCAGAAUUAAAGGUGCAACUGAGUGGUGAGAGAGAAAUCAGUUCUUCAGACUGGUUGUGUUACUUAGAACAGUUAUAAUCAGGUACGCCAUGCAGUUUAGAUCUAGCAAAGGUCCAACAUGUAAGGAAAAAAAAGGAUGUAUGGAGAUGUAUCAGGAUAGUGUAGUCUGGUCUGGCACUUGUAGCUGUUUCUGCUGUUGAAUUUGCAAGGUUGCACACAACCAGAGCAACCUCACCAGCUGGCCUCUUUAAUAAUCUAACUUUAUACACACCUAAAUAAGUUAACUUAUUGCAGGAUUGACCAUGUAUCAAAAAAAGGUUUUUUGGUUUACAAAGGGAGGAUCAUGUCUAACAUUUUUGUUACUUGUUAUUGCAACACAACUUUUUUCUUUUUAGAAUGAAAAACAAGUUAAACAGUAGCCCAGCUGAACUGGAGACAAGAGUCCUAAAUGAAAUUGAAGCUCAAACAAUGGUUAAAAGCCAAAGUAUGUUUGUUAGUUAAAAUUUUGGUUUGAAAAUUUCUCAUUUCUCUUUCACUAUUCAUUUCCUCUUAGUUCUGUUGUAAUGUAUUUUGUUACAAGCUCUGGAAAAAACUACAAACCAGAUCUAUACACAGAUAUCUAAAGCCAUGAACACUCAGUGUUCUGUUUGUAAAUUAAAGAUUUGAGCCAAACCUUUCCUUUUUGUUAUGUAUAUAGCAACUUUAAUAUAUAUCACCGUCGGUGUAAGUACGUACGUAUUGUACUUUCACUGGAUUGAAGAAAAAAAAGUAUAUUUUUGUGGAUUACUGCCAGGUUUACAAGGCGAGAUCCUUAAUAAGUAGAGUAUUCACUGGUUAAUAUUUACUAUUUUGUUAACUAUACUGUACUUUCUUUGAAUUUGACUUAUUGCUAUUAAUAAUCAAAGUGUUUUUAUUUGAAAGAAGGAUGUUUUAUGGGUCGCUUUCCCAUUAAUAAUGGUAAAUGUCUGUCCUUAAGAAAUUGUACCAGUGUUGUAAGUUUGAAACUCCACUGUCUCUUUUUUCUCUAUUUUUGUUUUUGUAAAAGGAUUACUGUAACAUUAAGGAAAGCUUUUUUCUUUCUUUACUGUACACAUUUGUGGGAGGGGUUUUGGCCAAGGCUGCUGAACACACUGCCUGCUUUCACAACCAAGGAUUGAUUUCAAGCCUCAAGGCAAUGAACCUUUCACAUGCCAAUUAGUGACACAUCUUCUCUCACUGGAAUCUUUUUUUUUUCCAAUCACAAUUUAAACAAAACUUGAUACCUUGAUACACUUAACUCCUUUUGAUGGAACUCUUCAUCAAAGUCAUGUAAUGUCCCCAUUAUUAUCUACAUAUUGUAAAUACUAUAACCUAAUACAUACAUACAUAUGAUGUACAGAACACACUUCCCAUUUUGUUUGGUGAAUUGGCUCGCUAGAUUAUUGAUCCUCUCCAGACUGAGUGAGGCCACUCUGGAAGCGCCAGACACUCUGAUCUUGUGUGUGUACAUGUGCGUGUGUGUGCCUGACUCUCUGUUUUCGCAUCUAUCUCUCCACACUGAGGCUCUUUGGUCCAUGCUUCUUUCGCCUGCCUCGCACCUCACUGCCCCCUUAAGGUGGAAGAAGCAUCAGGGGAUUCAGCAGCAAAAAGACAGCUCAAAUGCUAGACAAUGCAAAACCAAUCUCUCUGCUGGAUUGCACAUGUUUCUACAGUCAGGUUUGGCAAAAAUAAAUAAAUAAAUAAAUAACUUACUCUCUUUAAAUUUGCUAUCUAUUUCCCCCACUUUGUGUGCUCUCGUCCCCUUUUUAGAUACCUCUCUGCCCUCACAGGCACCAUAGCAGCUGGCAAUAAGCUGAUGUUAAUCUAUGCAGACUCUGAACACACAGCCCAGCACACAGCGCCAUCACAAAGGCUCAUUCCCACAACAUUCACAAUGUUAGGGUUUAGAAUUCAAAUUGGUUAUUAUCAUCUGGCCAUUAAAGACAUUUCCUUGCUUAUGAACAGAAUGCUCUGUAUGUGCACAGUUUAGAAAAUGACUGUUAACCUUUAAACCCUUAAGUGCUUGUAUAUUAAGAAGGCACACUCUUUUAUUGGCUACUUUAUAAGUACCACAGAAAGCCAUUUCAUGCUGAAUAACCUUAAAGUAGACCCUGGUGUCAGCCGCUUGUUCUGCCUUAGUGCAGGAACAAGCUUAGCUGCGAGCGAAGUUUCAAAAAGUUCAUUAAAAAUCCAUUUUGAUGUCUAUCACUAAUUUGUUACCACAAUUAAUGCCUUUCAGGGUAGAUAAGCAAUAACGCAAUAAUGCCAUUGCAGUGCUGUAAACUGCACUGUUGAGUAAGGUUAUGCAGGGCACUUACACUGACAAAAACACACACGCACACACACACACACUGAGCUAGAUUAGGAAUCAGGGAGUUUCCUCACAUGCACACCUUAGAGCUUCAUUCCAAAGAGUUCUAAAUUGUGCAUGAUAUUUUACUUCAACAUUAAUUUCAUUCCCAAUGUUUAAAAAAAUGGGCAAACCGCUAGUUUUUCUAUCAAUCCCCCCCAGAAGACACAUACAAGAAAUACAUAGGAUAUCUAAAGAGAGGAAGUUGCUCGUCUUGGUCUGAGUGCUGCUUAUGACAUCACAAAAUGAACUGAAUGUGAAAUGAAGGGUUUCAUGAGGAAAACAAUUUGUAGAGAAAUUUACUUUGCUGUGCAAGAGUACACUGCUUUGCUUUAUGGCUUUUUUCUAAAAACAGAACUAUGUAUUUGGUAAUUGUUUGUAGUUACUAGUUCAAUUCAAGAAGCUGUUUGCGGUUUGGAUGCUCAAACCGUUUGGCGGCACAAGCUGGACUUUGUUGCCAUGAAUGAAAUGAAAUGUUUUAGAUGAAAAAAAAAAAGACUCAAGAGAAAAUUUAAGCUAAUCUGCAUUCUAUUUCCCUUGAAUGUGUUGUUUUAUCUUCAUUAUACAAUAAAUAUUCUAGUGAACUUUUUAUUGAAUGACUAAGAUAUUAUGCUAGGGAUUGUUGUACAAAUUUGUAUUCUGCAUUCACUUAAGUAAAGAUAUUGGCUUUAACUGUGUAAA